ACGGGCCCCGGGUUGGUGUUUGUAAACUUGCCUCGGUCCCGGCGGGGGCCGCGGUGGUCACGGGGUUGGCACGGCGUGCUGCGGCCUGGAGGAGGCGCCGCGCGGCGGGGGAGACAGCGGGAGGCCGCGCCUGGCAGGUUUCUGAAACAGAUCGUGAAUUUCAUCCAGAGAAUUCAGCUGGAAAACCAAGACUGGCAGACUCUUUUUCUUCAGACAAUAGGCAGGAGCCAGGCAGAUACCAGGGAUUCUUGGAACAUCUAUCGUCCUUUUGGAGGACACAGGGUUCUGUUUGAACACAGAGGCAGUUCAGUAUGGCAGCAGGACUGAAGGGACACGAAAGAGUUGUUACAGUGAUUUGGUGACAGUUCUUCAAACAACAGUGUCUUAAGGAAAGGUGGAUCAAGAAACUCCUGAACUUUUGGGUUGCGUUAAGUGAGAAAUCAGCAUGGCUCAGGCAAGUCUCCUGGCUUGUGAAGGCCUAGCAGGUGUGAGUUUGGUUCCCACUGCAGCCAGCAAGAAGAUGAUGCUGAGCCAGAUUGCCAGCAAGCAGGCCGAGAAUGGAGAGCGGGCAGGUAGCCCUGAUGUGCUGAGGUGCUCGAGUCAGAGCCACCGAAAAGACAGCGAUAAGUCCCGGAGCCGCAAAGACGAUGACAGCUUGGCUGAGGCCUCUCAUUCGAAAAAGACUGUUAAAAAGGUGGUGGUAGUGGAACAAAAUGGUUCUUUUCAAGUAAAGAUUCCCAAAAAUUUUGUUUGUGAACACUGCUUUGGAGCCUUUAGGAGCAGUUACCACCUCAAGAGGCACAUCCUUAUUCAUACUGGUGAGAAGCCAUUUGAGUGUGACAUCUGUGAUAUGCGCUUCAUCCAGAAGUACCACCUGGAGCGUCACAAGCGUGUACACAGUGGGGAAAAGCCCUACCAGUGUGAACGCUGUCAUCAGUGUUUUUCUCGGACAGAUCGAUUACUCAGACACAAACGGAUGUGCCAAGGGUGCCAGUCCAAGACUUCCGACGGGCAGUUUUCUCUAUAGGCGCAAGGGGCCCUGGGUGGUGGGAGUGAUCAGAAGAAUCUGCCGAAGAGAGCACCCCCUCUGGUCUGAUGGUCCCACCACCACCCCGUCUGUACCUGUCCCCCUCCUGGAGGAGUGGACCCAGGAGACCAGAAGAGUGCAUCAGGGGACAGCAGGCCCCAGAGCUUCAGCUCUGUAAAUAAUCUGAGACUAUGAGUAUCUCGGGGAAGUUCCUUCAGCAUUCCUGGGUAGGGAAGCUAGUCCCUGGACCCUUAUCUGAGGUCAUUGGUGGGGACUCAAGGUACAGGACCAAGACUGAAGUGUGGCUCCCACAACCUUGGACUCCAGCUGGCAGCUGAAAUGGAAAAGAUUGGGGAGAGGGAUUUGUUUGUUUGUUCUGUUCUUGUUUUUGUUUAUCCAAAAACAAUUUCAGCAGGUGCACUGUGGAAACAGGUAAUAUGGAGGUAUAGAGUCCUGGUCAAAGCAGGGACUAUGGCUGGUCCAGCCCUCCCCCAGAAUUGAGGUUUUAGUUGCAGUUGAUCCUCAAUGUUCCACAGCCCUGUACCUCACCUCCUGUUUGAAGGAGAACAGGAUCAGGGAUGGCAGCUGAGCUUACUUUGGCCUCCUUAUACACUGUAGGGACAAAAGGAAGAACAGUGGGAGGAGCAGACAAGGGCUGGAUCCGAGAAGAGUGGACAGGUACCUCUUAUUUCUUUCGGGGAAGAGCAAGAGUUGUGGCCAUGGCUAUUUUAAUGGCCCAUGCCACACCGGUACCUGGUGGGGUCAGCUCAAGUGCCUUUUGGAGGAAACUUGGGUGAGAGUGGCCCGUGCAGCCCCUUUCCUUUCUUUGGGCAGUUGGUCUUAGAGAUAGUUUUUGGCUACCUCGCUGAUGUUGACUCCUAAGCCAGAAAGAGGUGUUGAGCAGGGAGUCGUGGAUGUCAUAGUGGGUUCUCUCUCCUUGUGCCCUCUUAGGAACAACCCAAGACUAGCCCCAAGUUGGGUAACAGCUGUUGAAGAAACGGAGGAAUUUGGUGUCCCCUGACCUGACUGUUGAGCAGUGUGAGCUGUUCUCCCUGCCCAAGUCCUAUCACUGUAUUCAGGUAGAGGAAAUAGGGGUCUGGCCUUUGGUCCCAAAGAACAAGAUCUUGGCUUCCUGCUUGAUGGCCAUCCCUACCCAACAAAGAACUGCGGGGGGCGGGGCGGGGGUGCUGCAGAGAAAAAACUGAGGAAGAAACCUAAUGUAGGUUUUACUCUUAACCUUAUUCUUUGCUCCACUCUGCUCCGACACCACCACCCUAUCCACCCCCCAAAAAGUGAUCAGGGGUGUGUGUGUGUGUGUGUGUGUGUGUGGUAUGUGAGUGUUUGUGUUUGUAUGCUUGGAGAUGGCACAUUAUUGAGCCAAACCUUUCCCUAGCCCUUAGCUUAGGGGAGGAUGAACAUAAAACAUCCUCGCCCGACCUCCCUCCUCCCUGCCCCGCCCCCCCUCCCCCCCCAAAAAAAAAUCAAAGGGUGCUCAAGGUCCCAAGAGAAGCUGAAGAACUCAACUUAGGGAACUGGAGGGCUUUGUUUUGGAGGGUUUUUUUUAAUAUUGAUUCAACAGACUGGUGGUUAGGAUGUUUAUAAUCCAAGCCAGGGCUUGUGAAUAUGAAUUUUCUAAAGUGAAAUAAAAACCCUCUUUCUUCCUCCUAA